AUGUCGGAGCACAGCAGAAAUUCAGACCAAGAAGACACCCUCAGUGAGGAGCUUAAUGAAGACGAGAUCUUGGCCAACUUGUCCCCUGAAGAGCUAAAGGAACUGCAGUCAGAGAUGGAAGUCAUGGCGCCUGACCCCCACCUUCCUGUGGGGAUGAUCCAAAAGGAUCAGACCAACAAGGCACCUACAGGAAACUUCGACCAUAAAUCUCUCGUUGAUUAUAUGUAUCUGCAAAAGGCGUCUAGACGCAUGGUGGAAGAUGAACGAGUUCCUGUCAGUUUUGUGCAGUCCGAGGAAAAUACCCAAAAACAGCAUGAAGUAAGAGACAAAGGCGUUAAAAACAUGCCCCAGUUUUUAAAAGAAAAGCUCAAUAGUGAAAUACUUGCGAAUAAAAGAGAAUCCAAUGGGAGCAAAAAUACACAAGAAACAGAAGAUGAUGAAGAAGAUGAAGACGAUGAAGAUGAAGAGGAUGAUGAAGAUGAAGACGAUGAAGAUGAAGAGGAUGAUGAAGAUGAAGAUGAAAAAGCCAAAAGAGAAAAAAAGGAACAAAUCCAAAACAGUUCAGGCGCUUGUCAGAAGCCGACUACGAAAGCACUGGAAGAACAAAAAGACAGACCAGAGACCAAAGACAAAACUGAGAAGAAAAUAGCCAAAUUAGACCCUAAAAAGUUAGCUCUAGAUACCAGUUUUCUGAAGGUAAGCGCAAGGCCUUCAGGGAACCAGACAGACCUAGACGGAAGCUUGAGACGCGUGAGACAGAACGACCCUGACAUGAAGGAACUCAACCUGAACAACAUUGAAAACAUCCCUAGAGAAAUGUUACUGGACUUUGUCAAUGCGAUGAAGAAGAACAAACACAUCAAAAGCUUUAGUUUGGCUAACGUUGGUGCUGAUGAGAGUGUAGCAUUCGCCUUGGCCAACAUGUUGCGUGAAAACAGGAGCAUCACCACGCUUAACAUCGAGUCCAACUUUAUCACGGGGAAGGGCAUCGUGGCCAUCAUGAGGUGCCUCCAGUUUAAUGAGACUCUAACCGAACUUCGUUUUCACAACCAGAGGCAUAUGCUGGGCCACCACGCCGAAAUGGAAAUCUCAAGGCUUCUGAAAGCCAACAACACUCUGCUGAAGAUGGGCUACCAUUUCGAGCUUCCGGGUCCCAGAAUGGUGGUAACGAAUCUGCUUACCAGGAACCAGGAUAAACGGAGGCAGAAAAGACAAGAGGAGCAGCAGCAGCAGCAACUUAAAGAGCAGAGAAAGCUGAUAGCUAUGCUGGAGAAUGGGUUGGGGCUGCCCCCUGGGAUGUGGGAGAGGUUGGGAGGACCCAUGCCGGAUCCCAGAAUGCAGGAGUUCUUUCAGCCUUCAUCCGGACAUCCUCUCACUGCUCAGGAAGUCCCCUUUGGUGGAAGAAAGGAAAUGAUCAAAAAUCCACCCCAACCUCCACAGUACAAGACCGACCCUGACUCCUUCAGGGUGGUGAAACUGAAGAGAAUUCAGCGCAAAUCUCGAAUGCCGGAAGCCAGAGAGGCACAGGAGAAAACCAACCUCAAAGAUGUAAUCAAAACGCUCAAGCCGGUACCGAGAAAUAGGCCACCCCCGCUGGUGGAAAUCACUCCCAGAGACCAGCUCUUGAAUGACAUCCGACACAGCAAUGUCGCCUAUCUAAAACCGGUGCAGCUGCCAAAGGAACUGGCAUAA